GCCUCAUUGGUCCACAAGGUCCAGUUGUAAUGCUUCAUUGGUCAAUAAGCUCACGCACAAGUACUUGUUCUGCAUUCUGCCCUUGGAAGUCGACAAGAGCAGUCGAUUUGUGGCAGAAGGAAGGCUCCGGGAGCCAACACACAGAGAUGUCACUGAGUUUAGUUGUAUGCAUGUUGCUGGGCAUAGUCACUGCAGCAUCUGCUGAUGGACACAUUCCACCUGAAGGCAGCAAGUUUACCUAUUGCCGUGGCAAGGCUCUCUACAAACUCACUUUCGAGGGAAUGUGGCAAGAUAAUGUACAGGAUGGUCCUCUUCCUCCUGAGGCUAAGUUUUCUCCCUUCAUCAUUGCCAGUCAUGAUGCAGAGUACACGAUGUGGAGGCCAGGUUUGAAGGCUAGUGAGGGAGUCAAACAAGUAGCUGAAACAGGAAACAAUACAUACUUGAAACACGAAGUUGAGAUGUACAAAGAUCAGGGUCAUGUAUAUAAUACUUUAUAUACAGGCCCUGUAUAUGUCAAUGAGACAGCACAUGCGUAUGUGUAUUUUGAUACUAAAUUCCAUUUUUUGUCCGCAAUAUCAAUGGUGUACCCAAGUCCAGACUGGUUCAUUGGGCAAUCUAACAUUGAUCUAUGUGUCAGUGAUACUGCAAAUUGGAUCAAGAAAGGAACCUUCAACUUUUAUAUUUGGGACGCUGGUACUGACAGUGGCAAGAAUUUUACUGCUAAGGAUUAUUCAACAGCCCCGGCUGAAGAUAUAACACUGAUCAUGAGAUCGGAUGAUCCUUAUACUUCAUUUCCUUUGCCAAAUGAUCAUUCUGACCCAAUGUAUAAGUAUGUACCCAAGUUUGCAACCAGUACUAUUGAAUUGGUGAAUGUCACUGACGAUAAACCAAAAUGUCAAGCACUGGGUAAACAAACCUAUCACGUACAGUUUCGAGGUGACUGGACUGCAGCCAAACAUCCAAACACUGACUUACCUUCAAAUGCCAUGUUUUCGCCACUUGUGGUCGCUGGACACAACAUGGACUACUCAAUGUGGAGUCCAGGAAUGUUGGUUAGUCCAGGUGUUGAAAGAGUUGCUGAACAAGGCCCACCAGAUGUUCUUAUCGAUGAACUGAAUAAUGCAAACGGAGUUUUUAAUCAUCAAGCAGCUGGAGGACCAACCAGCUCUGAUGGAGAAGUCGAUCUAUAUGUUGAUGUUGAUAUGUAUCAUUCGUACGUCUCAGCAGUUUCUAUGAUCUUUCCAAGUCCCGACUGGUUUGUUGGUAUCUCUUCAGUGGAUUUGUGUGAUGGUUACUUUUGGAAGGAUGGACCCAUUAUUGUCCGUCUUUUACCUUGGGAUGCUGGAACUGAAGAAGGGAUGGCAUUUAAUACAACUAACGAUGCAACAGACCCUCAAGUGGGCGUCAGUCUCAUUACCACUGACACUUUGGGAGCAUUUUACAAUCGUGCUCGUCAGCAUAUACCAGCAAUGGGUACGAUCACCCUGGUGCGUAAGCAAGAUCCUCAGACUGACUACAAGAACCUGCUGCAGACUUGGAAGAAUGCGUUCAAAGAACAUCAAGAAGAGUUCGAGAAGUGGCAAAACGAUGAGUGUCCUUCACGUGGUUAACACCAAUGACACCUGUCUGGACGAUUAGUUCAUUGUCCAAUAUCAGCUGGGCUGCUUAGCAUGAUGACAUGGUGGUAGAACUAGAUUUGAGUCGGUGUCUGUUGUGUGUGCUGUUUUUGCUUGAAUUGUCUGUUUGUUCCGUUUCCAGUUAUAUCAUUGUAGUUUUGAAUGUUUACAAGUUUCAGCUUGUAGGUAAGAGGAAAAAUGUUUCAAUAUCAAUCAAACGUGUUGGAAUC